AUGGCUCAACUACGAGUCGCAAUUAUUGGCGCUGGACCUGCCGGCUUAGGUGCUGCCAUUGAAUUUUCCAAGCUGCCGUUCGUGGACUGGAAGCUAUAUGAGCAGGCUACAGUCCUUCGUGAGAUUGGGGCAGGUAUAAGCAUUCAGCCAAGCACCUGGCGGCUGCUGGAACAUUUGGGGGCAGCUGCAAACUUGCAACCGGCAGACUUUUAUCGCCCCCCUGAUAACCAUUAUGUCCAGCAUCGGAAUGGAAGAACGGGAGAACUACUAGUUUCGCAUGGCCAGGAAGCAUUUCCUGAGGUCUCUUCAGGCGUUCCUAAAACCCAGCUACAUGCGCGGACUCAUCGAGCAAAGCUUCAACAGGCGUUAAUUGAUGAAGUUGAUCAAAGCCGUGUUAGGCUUUCCAGUCGGCUGGUCAGCGUUGUGAAGAAGCCUUCCGGAAAACUUCUUAUUGAAUUUCAAGACGGCUUCAAAGACGAGGUUGAUCUUGUCGUUGGAGCCGACGGGGUUAGAUCAGUAGUGAGGAAUUUCGCAUUUCCUGACCACCAGGUGGGAUAUAUUGGGCGCACGUCAUACCGCACAAUUGUCACCUCAGACGAGAUUGCAACUGUGGCUGGCGUGCCCGACGCUGUGACUUUCUGGCACGGCCCGCAUGCGUGGCUCUAUACUUGUAGUCUCGGGGAUGGAAAAUUUGAGAUCACGACCAACACUCGCGAACCGGCAAGUCUGAAGGAGAAAGACUUCGCUCCGGUUGUUAAGUCUAUUGUUGCUCUUCCUAAAGAAAUAAAACAGUAUGCCCUUUUUGCAGGGCCAAGAUUGGACAAUAUCAUCGCACAUGGUUCUGUAGUACUGGUCGGCGACGCUUCACAUCGUGCUGGGGCAGGCUUUGCAUUAGAAGACGUAUAUGUGCUUGCACGAGGAAUUGCCUGGGCGCACGAGCAGAAUCUAUCUUUACAGGAGGGUAUAGAGCUAUUUGACCAAGUUAGGGGACCUUAUUAUCGAAAGUUGUAUAGAAUUUUAGAUCAGUUUGCAGACGCCGACGCGCAUAUUUCGGCAUCUAACUUUGGUUUCGACGACACGGUUCAGGCCACGGUCGACAGUAAAUGGAGUAAGAAAUACAAUUGGAUAGCAGAAUACGAUAUCCAGAAGGUUCUAAAAGAAGUUCUUAAUAGUAAAGGAUCUUAUUGCUCUAAAAUAAAUCAGAGUCCUAGAUUAUAA